AACAAAAAGAAAAGAGAUCUGGGUUCUAGUUUCGUACCUUCUCCCAGAAUCCUGUGCGCUAAAGACAAAAUGGCGGACAUUUCAAACAUGGUCGAUUUGUUGAUGAAAAUCUGAUUUCUUUUUCUGCCUCUAAGUUUAUAUGAUCCUUCUUUGAAAAAUUAUGGAUGCUGUCAUCUCUGUGGAACCUGAGCUGAAUGCUAUAGUGUCAGAGUACCUUGAGUUUUUAAACUAUAACAAAACAAUAGCAGCUUUUGAAGAAGAGUUGAGUCUUCUUGGCAAGAAAGCUGAUUUUAAAGGAUCAUUACCACAGAAUGAAAAUCAAGUUUCUGAAUUACAGUUGUCUAUUUUAUCAGCCUUUGAUAAUGGGAGCUAUCAAACCUUCUUUACCACUUGGAACAACAAGCUUCCUGUUGAUGUCCUACAGUCUGACUCCACAUGUCAAAAGCUGGAGUUUAAUCUCAAUAUCUACUUCGCUGUCUACCCAAUAACUAAUGGCAGACAGAACAAGCACCAACUUGAACAAUCUAUGAGAAUAUUCAAGGCCUACCUAGAAAACAAGGGAGCAGGCCUCAGCCAGACCACUGAGUUCUUACCAUAUUAUGCUCUUCCAUUUGUUCCUGAUCCAACAACUCACCCCUCAUUCAAGCCAUUAUUUUCAAACACAUGGGGCCUCGAGCUGAGAAGCACCCUUGAUUCAUUCCUGAAAACAGCUUUGAAGUCUCAAGAGAAACCAAAGCUUUACACACUAUUUAAAGUUGGUCCUGAUACUGUUGAAAAAGAGAGAAAGAUACAUGCAGAGCAAGUGAGACUGCUGCAUCAUCAGCUUUCUGAAGUUGAGCAUCGCUCAGCUCAGCACUUCAAGAAGUAUUCAAGAAUUCAGGGAGACUAUCAUAAGCUGAUCGGUGUUGCUGCAGAACUGGUAGAUUCACUGGAGAAUGCUGUCAGGGGGAAAAUGGUCACCCCAGAGUAUCUACAUGACAUUUGUAUGAGGCUGUUCAAUAAUUCUUCCCAAGACUCCAUAGAUGUUACUAAACCAGGCACAGCCAGCUCCAUGUUGCGAGCCUCCAUUGCACAGAAUGCACAAAGUCUGAUUGCAGAAAGCGUUGAAGUAAACAGCAUUCCAGCUCUAGACUUUGAAAAGAUCAAGAGUGAUUUAGUUUCUUUGCCAGACCAUAAGCGAACCCUUCUCCUUCAGGCUUUACGAUGGCGUUUAACCAAAGCUAAGAACAUGGAUGCCCGUAUUGCAAGUGCUCGAGCAUUCAUCAUCCAUGACCUUCUUGGGCUCUCUGUUCCUGAUGAUAUUCGGAAGGGUGUUUUGCAGAUCUUGAGCCAUGCAAGUGACGUUGUGCGACAGUACAUGGCGAGGCUCAUCAACGCCAUGGCAUCGCUGGCGGCAGGUCGAUCAUAUCUCACCCAAAACUCCGACCUGAUUCUUGUGCUGCACUCCACACUUGUGGCCGAGAAAAAGACGUCUAUAACGAGCGACAACAUACUCGGCGCCUUGCAGAAACUAAGCUUGAGGCGAAGACUCCAGUCUGUCAUGAUCGAGAACGACCUCAUCCAGUGGCUUGUAGGGCUGUUAGAGGAUCAUGACUCUCUAUCAGAUUACGCGCUGGAAUACGCAGUAGCACUACUAAUGAACCUUGUCCUACGCUCUAAAGGGAAGAAAAGAUGCAUCUCUGAUGCUGGAACUGUGUUGAAAGUUCUGAGUGAUUUAUUGGGGCAUGAGAACCAGGAGAUCAGACCGUACAUCAACGGCGCAUUGUACAGUUUGCUGGCGCUACCAGCGAUAAAGGAAGCAGCCAGAGCUAUGGGCAUGGAGUCCAUCCUGGAGUGUUUUCUUGAUGACGACACGCCCGAGCUGAAGCGCCAAAUCCAGUUUAUCAUCAAGCAGCUAAACACGGAAAACCCGCAAGCGACAAACGCCCCCAUGUCUGACGACGAAGAUGAGGAGGACGACGAUGACUUUGAGGGGGAUACUAUUGAUAUGGAGUUGGACAAACACGAAGUCCAGCUCCCAGUCGAGGGGGAGCUGGCGGGAAAUGAGCUUUUAGCUGCUGAAUAUUCAAUGGGAAAAAGCCCAACAAAAAGCAAGCCUAAAAGCAAGCUUUUUUCUGGUGUGGACCCAGACCAGCCGCUGACCAGGCCGACAACGCCUGGCAUGCGCCCGCCUGAACCAAUCAAUGACGCGCCUCACAUACCCAGCAGGCCAGGGACGACCACCAUCCGGCCAGCCUCCACUCAGAGUCGACCUAUGACGUCAUCAUCAAGGCCGGGUACCAGGCCUACGGAGGACGAAAAGCCCUCGGUUACCAUCAACGCAAGCCGACCUGGAAGUACGUCUUCUACGAGUUCUCGGAAACAAAAAAUGGACCCGUUUUCGUCGAGGCCAAAGCUGCCUCGAACACCAGAACCGCUAGGACGCACAGGGGCCUCCACCCCUCCCCCUCUCGCGAGGUCUAUUUCCCCAACGAGGGUGAGCAAGUCUAGACAAGGCUCUGCUGGUUCCAGGAAAGGAAGUCAGUCAUAAUGGACGACGUCUCCGAACCAAUGUAUAUGAGAUAGCUUAGGGAUAGUAUAAGAGCUGUUUGUGGUAAUAAUCACGAGGGCAAGGGUUUGGACAGCCUGCCCCACCUCUCCCAGAAUACAACCCCCCCUUCCUACAGAUAAAAUUUACUAGCUAGAGGCGCAGAAGGAAAUAAACUGUUUAAAAUUCAUCAAAAUUUGAUGAAUGCAUAUUCUUGACGGACACUGAAUAUUUUGAGAAAAAAGUAUUUAACAAUUAUUUUACGUCUUUUUUCUUUAAAUAUUCAGGGUCAAUUUUCAUAGGAGCCUAGGCAGUUGUGAUAAUCAGAUUAUUGAUAGAGAAAGAAGCCAAAGGAAGAAAACUAGGCCUAUUCGUUUUCUUUCUUCGCUAUUUCUUUUUCACCUUCUCCUUCUCGGUGAGGGGAGGUAUGAAUUGUAGUUUUCUACUGCUCAUACUAUUUUAAGUAACACGGAGUGGAAAUAAUAUCAAAACUAAGUCGAGUUACUAAGAUGCUAUUUGUCUACUGUCUAGUAAAAACAAACAGGCCAUGCACAAACGUCGAAUUUUCCAUGUGCUGUAUUCAAUGCAAAUACAUGCAAAUGAAGAUAAAACAAUGCACCUGAUUCAUUCCAUUAAUUUCAUUAACUACAGCUCUUGGAUAAUACGCCUUUUGAACUUAGCUUCAGUCGCUAUUUAGUUACAGAUCACCUAUUGAUGUGUUACCCUGCCUGCAAGAAUCUCCUCAAGGCUUUUUGCAUUUCAGCUUUCAAAGUCUUGCUGAGACCUUUUGGGAUAAGUCAGAUUAUUAUCGGGUAUGUCCGUUUAGUACAUCUGCAGUGCAUCUGUGCAUACUCGUUGUAAAAUGGUUAUUCUGGUACAGAGGGAAUAGUGUAAAUAAAGCCAAUACUAGAUAUAUGCA